AUGAAUCAGUCAUAUUUUCUGUGUCCCUUGAAACAUAUUCCCGGGCCGUGGUACACACUGAUCACGCAUUAUGUCUUGAAGUUCAACACCAUUCGGGCUCGGCGAAUUCAUUACAUUCACUCCUUGCACCAACGUUACGGGACCGUUGUGCGAAUCUCGCCCUACCAAGUGUCGGUGGCUGAUCCCGAUGCCUUUGUCGCCAUUCAUCGCAUAGGCUCCGGAUUCUACAAGUCGCCGUUCUACGAGGAUCUCACCGGCCCUGCGGGUAUCGGUAUCGGUCUGUUCUCCAUAACGGACCCGAAGAGACACGCUGCUCGACGCAAACUGUUUGCUCGGGCCUUUACCAAAGCCAGUGUCCGCCAGAAUUGCGAACCAGUCGUCCGAGAGAAGGUUAGGAAGGCUGUAGACAGGAUCAAAGCAGAAGCCGCUCAUGGAUCUUCCGAUGUUCUCCACUGGUGGCUACUUAUGGCUUCAGAUGUGAUUGGCCAAUUGUCUUUCGGGGAGUCUUUUGAGCUCCUGGAAACCGGAAAGAAGAAUGAAUUUGUCGAAAUGCUCCACAUGACAGGUCUGAGUACCUUCAUCAACUAUGAGUUUCCGCUGCUUUACUCAGUAUCUCGACAUAUACCAAUCAGGUCAGUGCAAUGGAUACUCAACGCCGCAGCAUCAGUUCGAUCCUACGGCAGGCGUGCUGUUGAGAACCUACGCAAACACCGAGACAACAAAAGCAACAUCUUCGCCGCCGCCCUGGCAGAGUGCGAAGCAGACGAGAAGGGAAACUUGACCGACGAAGACAUCAUAUUAGAAGCGGGAAAUUUCAUCCUUGCUGGCGCGGACACUACAGGUUCUACUCUAGCGUACCUCGUGUGGGCUGUUCUCAAAAGGCCCGAACUUCAGGCUCGACUGGAAGCCGAGGUUAGCGCGAUUGAUGAGGAUAGUGUUUUCGACGAUGCUUCCUUGGAGAAGUGCAAGCUUCUCAACGCUGUUAUUGAAGAAACUCUGCGUCUUUACGGAAGUGUCCCGGGCAACCUUCCACGUGUCGUGCCAGCCAAGGGCGCUACGUUUGGUGGAUACCAUAUCCCUGGCGGGCUAGAGGUCGAAACGCAGGCUUAUACCCUCCACCGAGAUCCCAAAGUGUGGCCGAACCCAUUGGAGUUUGACGAACAGCGGUGGUUAGACCCAGCCACCAUCACACCUCAGCAGAAGAGUAGCUUGUGCCCAUUCGGCGCUGGUACACGGGUCUGCAUUGGUCUCGAUCUCGCCCGAAUGGAGCUGCGGAUGGCGGCCGCAGUGCUGUUCCGCCAAUGUCCCGGCCUCAAGCUCUCGAGCAGCAUGACGGACUCGAUGAUGGAAAUGGAGAAUUACUUUACUAUAGUUCCAAUUGGUCAUCAUGUUGAUGUCACAUUGUUACCAUAG